GAUUCGCGGAGCCGUGCGACAUGCCCCGAUAGAGACGUAUAAUAUUAUUACGAUAUACUUCUGAGCUGUGCCUAUAAUAAGUAAUAACAUUACAGUGUAAUCACGAUACGCGAGCACGCGUUUAACCGCGUUACGUCACUUACGUAUACGAGAAAACCGUAAAAAGAGGUUUGUCUGAAAGCGCGCGCGCGCGUGCUAAUUCGACGAGACGUGGUCGUAGGUCGUACGACACUGCAUUGCGGCUUAUCGAUUAGCGAGUGUUGUCGGCUGUUACCGAGUCGUCCGCAUAAACGCGAUCCGGUGAUAAUAGUAAUAAUAAUAAUAAUAAUAGUAUGUAGACCAUUAGAAUAAUGCCAUUACCCUGCAGCCGAGUAUGUCGUGCGAUGACGGCAUGCGCACGGCGCGGCGGCGGUCGUCUUGUGCUCGAACAGCCGUUUAGAAUAUCGCCACAACAAAUACUACGACUGCUAUAAUAAUAAUAAUUAUGAUGUGCGCGCGAUCGACCGCACAGGUCUUAAAACGUUUGUGUCUUAUCAUUUUUUCGUGGUUUCGUUCCAGAAUGGGCGCCGCAGAGGUGCUGGACGAAUUUCCGCAGCCCGCGGUCCCGGACGACGGGUCUCCGCGGCGGCGGCGGCGGGAGCAGCAGCAGGAGAAGCAGGAGAAACAGCAGCGAGAAGACGGAAAAUGCAAUGACGCCCACGACGAAGAGGACGUGCUGACCAUCGAACAGGCUCGGACCGUGAUAAAACAGCUGAGAGACAGAUGUCGGUUCCAGACGCACCAGACGCUGUUGUGGCGGAAAAAAGCCAAAAUGCAGGAAGAACGGCUGAUGCAGAUGAGUUCGGAGUACGGGUCUCGGCUGGAGUCGUUGACGUCGGACCUGCUACUGUUCGAGUCUCGGCUGAGCCGCAAGCAGCGGACCAUCGGCGAGCUGCUUGACCAGCGCGAGGCGGUCAUCGAGCGACAACAGCACGCCAUCAGGUGCCUGCACUCCAGGCUCGCCGACUUCGGCGUGACCGCGCCGGUGUCUGGAUGCUGUGGAGGCGGCGGAGACGGAGGCGGAGGUCCAACGUCCGACGACGGAAACGUGGACGACAGCGACAGUGCCGUGAUCAUGGAGGAGGACGAGUCGGGCAACAGCCAAGAGGAUGCGUCCGAACGGCCACCGCAUGCGCGGACGGACCGGCGACGGGCGUCGGUGGCUUCGGCGUCGGACGGCUCGGCGGAUGGCCGUCUGCCGGCGGAAGACGGACGGGAGACGGACGGUCGGGGUGCCGAGAACGAGACCGCGACCACGUACAACCGGGUGAUGAGCAACCACCGGUCGGUGACCAAGCCGAAGGACGUCAAGUACAAGCGCAUCAACAAGGCCAAGUCCAAGUCUUUGGAAGAGCUCCGGGGCCGGCUGAAGAACUGGGUGGACCGCGGCCAGCGCAUGUCUCUCACCGUCGACCCCACGUACGGGUGACCAAGGUGGCCGGCCGUCUCGGGCCUCCUGGACAGAUUGCGGCCAUCCCGGAAGUCCGCGGCGACGACCCGCGACGAUGAGUGACUUUGCGCGGCCACCGUAGCCGUACCUACUCCUCGCGUGACACGAUGUGACACACUUGAAACCACUAAACGAAUCGUAUCGUCCCGCUCGGAAAGAUUACAUUUAUUAUCAUUAGGGCUGAGAUUUUAAUGCCCCACGAGGCUACGAAUCGUUAAAAAAUAUCCACCAGAAAAAUGCAAAAAUGCGUUCAAAAGUUUAUUUCUUACCAUUUAAAAAGUUGUAUAUAAAGGAAACGUGUGGCACAAUGAUGAUUUUUUUUUUGGUAUACAAAAUAGUAUAAUGUAUAAAUAAUAUUAAGUUAACUUGAUUUAGUUACCUAAUCACUAAACAGUAACACCUAAAAUACAAUUUCCACGUAUGAAACUACAUUUUAAAAUAUCAGAAAAAUGACAUUAUUGCAUCAAAAUCCCAGCCUAAAUCCUAAUAUUAUUAACAUACGCGUUUUGGUAUAGUAAUAUUCUAAUAUUAAAAACCAUCGUCGUUGACCAAACUAUAUAAAUAUUUGUAUUGUUAUUAUUGUUAUUAUUACCAACUAUGUAAAAUCCGAACAGGAAUCGUUUGGACCAAUUAAAUAUAAAUAUUAAAUACAGCUUUUUUUAAUCGAAAAAUAAAAGAUAAAAUUACGCGAAAUUACCUUUUUUUGUAUUUGAACACGCGAGUAGAAAAAUUAUAAUAUUUCAAACAAUCAGUAGACGACAUCUUAUUGCGCUUGGGAAAUGGUCAUACAUAAACACUUUUUUGUAAAUGAUAUCAUGCGUUAUGAACCUAAAUAAUAUUUCACAUUUUGUAAUAAUUACUGUAGUUUAUAAUAACCAAUAAUAUAGAAUUUUGUCCACUGUUCGGAGGUGUCCGAUAUUCAAAGGGUUUAGUUUAUAGAAAGUGUGUAGUUAUUGUAUCCAAAAAAAGUCCACUAUUUGAAGGUGACCGUUAUAUAUAGAGGAUAGAUAUCCUUUAGGGAAGUUUUCACAGUACAUUUUAAAUUAGGUACAACAAUAAUUUCCCCUUAAAAAUAAUUGAACCAGAUUGGUUGUAAUUUUUCAGUACGAUUUUUUUCCCAAAAUGGUUCAAACGUUUUUUUUGAUUUCGAUGAUGAUUCAUUUAGUUUUUUCCACGACAAUAACGGUCGAUCUGUUUAGAAACGUUGGACUUUACGUUUUAAAACGGCACUAUACAUAAUAAAAAUAUAUUUAACAUUAUCGGCUUUGGAUGGUUCCUAACGCGCUACCGCCCCUCGACGACAGUGUGUCGCACUUGGGGUGAUUUUAUUAUUAUUAGUAUUAUAAUUUUUGUUGUUUUAUUAUGUCCACUAUUAUUGUUAAAAUCGUUGAAAUCGUACACGAUUGUCAUUUAUAUAAUUUACUAUUACUUAUAGAUUUAUACAUAACAUACUAUUGUAUAUGUAAAAUGAAAUAAAUAAUAUUGUACUUCAUCUUCAACGAUAAAGUGUGCAACGAUAUUUUAAAAUAAUUUAUACGAAUAUAUAUAAUGAUAUAAGUAUACUACUAUAAUUGAGUUAUAUAUGUUUGAUUGAUUUCGUCGCGUUUAAUUGUUUGCGUACACAUUUAAGCACGUUAUAUUGUGUUCACAAAAUAUUUUAUUAUGAAAUCGUAUAAUAUUUAUGAACUUUUGUAUUUAUAUAAAAUAUUGAACCCAAGUAAUUAUAGGUAUUAUUAAGUUUUAACAAUUGUGGUUACAAUAUAAUACUCAAUGGUAUUAAUAUUAUUCAAAUGUCCAAUAAUUGUAACUUGUAAGGUAUAUAAGCUUAUUCUUGUUCGAGCCAAAAUCAUUGUUUUUUAAUUCUUAAUAAUAUUAUAAGUAACUAUAUUAUAAUAAUUAUGUAUACUCCAAACAUACCUGUGUAACGACAUAAAGCCGUCCAAUGUAGGUGCAAUCUUUCUAUUACCUAUUCAAAACAAUAAUAUAUAAGUACCUACCAUUAUUAUUGCAAAGAUUAUGCUUAUAAUGUUCAAGAAAUAAUUUUAUAUUUAUACUUAAAAAAUACUAAAAACUAUAUAUUUGUAUACAUUAUUACAUUACACUUAAUGCUUUAAUCAGUGUGAUACUUGAGCUCUAUUUUUGGUUACCUAUUAAUGUAAAACAUAACUUUCUUUUGUACACAUGAACCAAAGAUAAUGAUUAUUUGUAACGUUCGAGUACUUAUUCAAAAAAGUUGUCUCAAAAAUGUUUGAUACCUAUGUUUUUAAUUUAUAAUAAUAAUUUGUAUUUAUUUAC